CUUAUCAAGAACACUACAGUGGACGCUUCGGGAGAAUCGCUCUCAAAAUAUUCGUCUGUUAUGUCAUGGCCGCAAUAUCGUAUCCUCACUGGUUUGGGUUAACUUCGUUGACUGGGAAUUUUCUUAUCGCAGCACGCGUCAUGACCAGAACUCAUGACAUAUUUGUGUUUUGAUUCUCAGCCCUGCGAUAUUGGCAUCAAAUACAGAAGCUUGCAAUUCUCACAAAUGUUAUCUCCUUAUCGUUGGCCUACUUAGCUAUCUAUGAUGUUGUAUCGCCUGCCCCUCCUUUCGCUGUUCUGCUCAAGUUUCGCCUUACAGACCUUUCUGGUAGCGAACAAAACAGCUGCUACGUAUCAGAACUAUGAAGAUUACGGCCAUGCCACACAAUCACAAUCUCUGUCCCUUCUUUCUUACGAUCAAUUUACAACUCUCGAACAUCCUCUGUAUCCCGAACAUUCGGUGAGGAUCAAGAAAACUGACUUUUGCGAUGAAACUGUAAGCGCAUACACCGGAUACAUUGAUAUCGAAGCACGACAUUUAUUCUUCUACUUUUUCGAAAGUAGGAGUGACCCGGACAAAGACGAUGUGAUCUUCUGGACCAACGGCGGCCCCGGUUGCUCGUCGUCACUGGGUUUAUUCAUGGAACUAGGGCCUUGUCGUGUUCUCGAUUCUGGCGGAGCCAAGUACCAUCCGGAGUCCUGGAAUACCAAUGCCAACAUAUUCUUCAUUGAUCAGCCCAUCGGAGUCGGAUUCUCCUAUGCUGAGUAUGGCGAGACUGUUAGUACGUCUGAAGAAGCUGCGCAAGAUAUAGCUACCUUUGUCACCAUCUUCUUCAGCAACUUCGACCAGUUCAAAGGAAGGGCGUUUCAUAUGUCAGGCGAAUCGUAUGGGGGAAGAUACCUUCCUCUUUUUGCCUCCGCUGUAUACGACAAUAACGCUAAGCUGGUGGAUGCUGGCGAGACACCUAUCAACCUCACUUCCGUAAUGAUAGGUAACGGGAUAACGGAUAGUAUAACAACGCUUCUAUCUUAUUUCGACAUGCAGUGCACACCAGCCUCUGUUCCCCCGAUUCUAGAUAUCAAAGCCUGCGUGUACAUGAAGUCCACGCUACAAAGAUGCGAAAAGUGGAUGACUGGAUACAUCCGUCAAUACCUCGACGAUCCCAACGUUCGCACUCUACUCGGUGUCGAUCCUUCACUGACCACCAACUUCACUUCAUGUAAUCCUGAUGUCGGCGACGACUUCCGUGCCACCCAGGAUAGGCUGCAUCCCACUAAGGACUACGUUGCUGCUCUUCUCGAGCGCGGCGUCAAAGUCCUCAUAUAUGUAGGCUCGUACGAUUGGAUAUGUAACUGGGUCGGUAAUGAGAGAUGGACACUUGCGUUGGAAUGGAGUGGUCAGACGGAAUUUGCGACAAAGGAGCUGAGAGAUUGGUAUGUUGAUGGAAAGCCUGCUGGGAAGACACGAAGUGCAAAGGGAUUUUCGUUUGCUACCAUUCAUGGAGCAGGCCACAUGGUCCCUUACGAUAAACCGAAAGAGUCCUUGGAAAUGGUACAGAGGUGGCUGCGCGGGGACGAUUUCUGAAUCUGAUCGUUGACUUCCUUCGAAUUAGUUGUCAAACGAUAGCAUCCUGAAUUCAGAUUUACAUUCACAAGUGAGAUGCGCGCGAUUAUUACUUUAUUCCGUGGAGCUGAGAG